AUAUAUAUAUAUAUAUAUAUAUACACACAUACACACACACACACACACACACAUACACACACAUUCCUAUGUAUACUUUUAAUAUAUUUAGCCUUCAUAAAUACACACACGCAUACACAGACAUUCCUAUGUAUACUUUUAUGGGUUUAGCCAUCAUAUAUACAUAUGCGUAUAAAUAUACAUACACAAUCCUAUGUUUACUUCUUAUGUAUUUAACCUUCAUAUACACAUACACACGCAUACACAGACAUUCCUAUGUAUACUUUUAUUGAUUUAGCCAUCAUAUAUACAUAUACAUUUCUAUGUAUACUUUUAUGUAUUUAGCCAUCAUAUAUAUACAUAUAUACAUAUAAAAGUAUAUGUAUACUUUUUAUAUAUUUAGCCAUCAUAUAUAUAUACAUGCAUACACACAUAUACACACAUACCUAUGUAUGCUUUUUAUGGAUUUAGCCAUCAUAGAGAUGUAUAGAGAUAUAUAGAUAUACGCAUAUAGCAUUUUAAUUUUUUUUCAUCUUUGUGUCUUUCUUUGUUGUCCUUUCUAUGUAUGCAUUUUAAUAUAUUUGGAAAUGUAUAUAUAUAUGUGUGUGUGUGUAUUUGUAUGCCUUUCUUCAUUUUUUAAAACUUUUUACUGUAGUUGGAAAUCUUUCCUAUCUUUCUCUCUAUAUGGAAAUGUUAGGCAACAGUAUUAUGGUCGGAGUUGCUUCAUUCUGGGACGCUUGGUGGCGAUCUUGGCCUGGAAAGCAUCGCUGUCUAUUCAUCCUCCAUCCAGACAUUGCCUCAAAGAGAGAAGAUAUAUUUUAUCUUAAAAUAUAUCUUUUUUAUAUUUAUAUAUUAAUCCCUAUUUCUAACAGUAAUAGCCUUAUGGCCAAAGUCCUGCUACUGGCACCCUAUUAAUGAGGCGGAUCACCAAAAAGGCUGCAAAGUCAUCUAGGUUUGUUCUGUGCAAGAUUCACAAGUAGGCUGGAUGGCCAUCUGUCAGGAGAGAUCGGGUUGUGGUCUUCCUGCCUGGCAGAAAGGUUGGAUUAGAUGACCUUUGGGAGUCCCUUCUAACUCUAGGAUUCUCUUGUUGUUGUUGUUGUUGUUGUUGUUAAGCAGAGGUUGGAUGUUCAUCUGCCAGGAGGGAUCAGAUUGUGGUCUUCCUGCCUGGCAGAAGGGUUGGACUGGAUGGCCUUUGGGAUCCCUUCCUAUCUUAUGAUUCUGUUGUUGUUGUUGAUGAUGAUGAUGAUGAUGAUGAGCAGAGGCUGGAUGUUCAUCUAUCAGGAGGGAUCAGAUUGUGGUCUGCCUGUCCGGUAGAAGAAGAUUGGACUGGAUGGCAUUUGGGGGUCCCUUCCAAUCUUAUGACUGUGUUGUUGUUGUUGUUGUUGUUGUUAAGCAGAGGCUGUAUUGUCAUCUGUCAGGAGGGAUCGGGUUGUGGUCUUCAUGUCUGGCAGAAGAGAGUUGGACUGGAUGGCCUUUGGAGAGUCCCUUCCAAGCCUAGACUUCUGUUGUUGUUAUUAUUAUUAUUAUUAUUAUUAUUAUUAUUAUUAUUAAACAGAGAUGGGAUGACCAUCUGUCAGGAGGGAUUAAAUUGUGCUCUUCCUGCCUGGCAGAAGGGAGUUAUAAUAAUAAUAAUAAUAAUAAUAAUAAUAAUAAUAAUAAUAAUAAUGGUUCUAGACACCUCUGUUUGUAGUCUGUCUGUGCAAUUUUCUUACAGCAACUGAGGAUAUGAUCCAUGGUUUCGUCAGCUUCCUUGCACAGUCUGCAUUUUGGGUCAUCAGCUGAUUAUAAUAAUAAUAAUAAUAAUAAUAAUAAUAAUAAUAAUAAUUAUUAUUAUUAUUAUUAUUAUUGAACAGAGACUGGGUGGCCAUCUGUCAACCUGGAGGGCUCAAGUUUGCCCGUGCCUGGUCUAUAAUGUAGUUCCACCCCACAAUGCGACAAGUGGGCAUCGUGAUGGGUCUCCAAAUACCAGGAUUUGGACCCAUUGGCUCUUUAGCCAAGUCUCCCUUGACUCCAUGAGAAAAGGAACUGGGAGGGCUGGGAAUCUGGGGCUGUGGGUGGGCUCAGAGGUGGGGCUCCAGUACUUAUUCCCUGCCCGGGAAACCCGGCCCCAUUUGCCCUCUGCCUUCUUCUCUCUCUGUGUGUGUCCUUCUCUUUUCUUUUCUUUCUCCGUCUCUCUUUUCCUCCUGGCCAGGAUGUCCUCUUCUUCUUCCUCGGAGGGUCGGGUGGCCGUGGUCCUGGGUGGCGCUGGCACCGUGGGGUCCGGCAUUGUCAAGGCGCUCCUGGAGAAAGGCUUCCAGGUGGCGGUCAUUUCUCGGGAUGAGAGCCGGCUGGAGAAACUGAGGCAGUUUUUGUCCCCAUCCGCCUGCGACCGUCUGCACACAUUCGUCGGGGAUGUAGGUUCGGAGGAAGGGGCCGAAGUGGCCAAGGGGGCCCUGCUGAAGGCGGUGGGCCAAGUGACGGACGUGGUCUCCUCCCUGGGCUUCAGCUGGUGGCAAGGCGGACCCCCGCUCUCCCAGACCCUCCAGGAGCUCCACCGGGUCUUGGACACGCUCCUCCUCAGCACCUUCACGGCCUGGAAAGCCUUCUUUCCUCUCGUCAAGGACAACCCCGAAGGGUCCUACACCUUCAUUACAGGUGGAGCAGGGGAGCGCCUCCUGAUGCCCGGCACGGGCUUCUUGACCCUCGGAGCGGCCGGAGCCCUGGCCUUUGCCCUCAUGGUGCGGGAGGAAUACCCGGACAUCCCCUGCAAGCUCAAUGAGGUGAAGAUCAACAUGGGGGUGACCACUCCGGAGCGGCUGGGCCCCGGCUACGUCAGCCACCUGGAAGUGGGGCAAGCGGUGGCCUCCUUGGUGGAGAAGAGGGCCGUCUCCCAUCGGGUCCUGAGCGCCGCCUCGCCCGCCGACCUCAAGGCCCUGGCCUCCCAGGGGAAGAUCUGAAGACCCCUUGGAAGACCCUUCCUCCGCUCUGGCCCUUCCUCACGUCCGAACCCUUCUCUCCGCCGGGUCCCGUGGGCUCCCAAGAUGGGCAGGAAGGGGACCGACGGGUGGCCUUUGCUUCUUGACCCAUCCGGAUCCCUAGCCAAAGACAAACCAUUCGAAGCACCGACGGGUCAGUGUCUUUGCAAUGUGGGCCUGAUGCUAGAGAUCGACCAAGGGUCCAGAUCUUGGGAGUAAUUACCCCCGAUUCCUCUUAAGCCGCUUACCUGGUGUUUCCCCAAAACACGGCAUGGAAAAAUGCAGAGUAUGGGGCAGUGAUGCAUUUAGAUCAGGCAUGGGCAAACUUCAGCCAACUUCCAGGUGUUUUGGACUUCAACUCCCACAAUUCCUAACAGCCGGUAGACAUGAUUUUUCUGGAAGAUUUUUUCUGGCGGGUCAGAAAAAUCCAAAUUUGGGAAGUUUUUCAGAUUUGGAAGAUGUCACUUUUUUCUGGAAAAUUUGAGGUUUUUCCAAACCCCGUGAGUCAGAUAAAUCAAAAUCUGGAAGUUUUUCAGAUUUGGAAGAUGUCACUUUUUCUGGAAAAUUUGAGGUUUUUUCAAACCCGGUGGGUCAGGAAAAUCCAAAUUUGGAAGUUUUUCAGAUUUGGAAGAUGUCACUUUUUCUGGAAAAUUUGAGGUUUUCCCAAACCUGGUGAGUCAGGAAAAUCCAAAUUUGGGGAGUUUUUCAGGAACUUUUUCUGGAAAAUUUGAGGUUUUCUCAAACCCGGUGAGUCAGGAAAAUAAAAAUUUGGGAAGUUUUUCAGAUAUGGAAGAUGUCACUUUUUCUGGAAGAUUUGAGGUUUUUCCAAACCUGGCCGAAGUUGGCCCAUGCCGGAUUUAGAUCCUGGUCUUUGCAAGGGAAAUCCAAAGAAAGUGAUUUGUCCUCUGCUCUGGUUUUGACACUGCAUUCCUUCUGGCUUCAUUCCAGCACUCUCACCAUUGUCUGGGGCUGAUGGGAAGUGUAGUCUCAACCCCUUUCCAAGGAUAUCUGCCCGUCUUGUAAGCUAAUAGGACCACCUGGAACCCAGAUCUCCUUACGUCCUGCUUGCCUUUGGGAAUGACACAGAAAAGAGGACCCUAAAUUGCCCCUUCGUAGCCUUGCAUGUCCCUUCACACUUUGGGGCCACCGUCACGUGGCCUCUUGCUGCUUUUAAUAAACGUUUUCAUAUAUUUAAUAAACCUCUAAACAGUA